AUGGGUUUAGAGCCAUCCACAGAGAAAAGACUAAGAAAAAACAGUCACAAAGAGAAUGAGACAGCAUCCAAAGAAGGUUCCAGGCCUGGCCAGCACCUGGGGAUGCAGCAGACAAGUGUGGUCUUUUUUCUCUCUCUCUUUAGAGCCGUAGGUAAAACUUGCCUACUGAUCAGUUAUACAACCAAUGCCUUCCCUGGAGAAUAUAUUCCUACUGUCUUUGAUAACUAUUCUGCCAAUGUUAUGGUAGAUGGAAAACCGGUGAAUCUGGGCUUAUGGGAUACAGCUGGACAAGAAGAUUAUGACAGAUUACGUCCCCUAUCCUAUCCACAAACAGUUGGAGAAACCUAUGGUAAGGAUAUAACCUCCAGGGGGAAAGACAAGCCAAUUGCCGAUGUAUUCUUAAUUUGCUUUUCCCUUGUGAGUCCUGCAUCAUUUGAAAAUGUCCGUGCAAAAUGGUAUCCUGAAGUACGACACCAUUGUCCCAAUACUCCCAUCAUUCUAGUGGGAACUAAACUUGAUCUUCGAGAUGAUAAGGACACGAUUGAGAAACUGAAGGAAAAGAAACUGACUCCCAUCACCUACCCACAGGGUCUAGCCAUGGCUAAGGAGAUCGGUGCUGUAAAAUACCUGGAGUGCUCAGCGCUCACACAGCGAGGCCUCAAGACAGUGUUUGAUGAAGCUAUUCGAGCAGUUCUCUGCCCACCUCCUGUCAAGAAGAGGAAGAGAAAAUGUCUGCUGUUGUAAAUGUCUGAGUCCCUCGUUCUUGGUCCUGUCCCUCAGAACCUUUGUAUGCUUUGCUCAAGAACGGUGGAGCCUUUGCACUCAAUGCCAAGUUUUUGUUACAGAUUAAUUUUUCCAUAAAAGCAUUUUGAACCAAUAAUUUUAAGGUUUUUGUUUUAAACUUAAGAGUACAAACUCACAUUCUAUUAAAAUUUAGCUCUAAAAUGACAAGCCUUCUUAAAGCCUUAUUUUUCAAAAGCCCCUAUUUCUUGCUCAGAAUAAGAGUUGCCAAAAUACCUUCUGAACUAAGUUGCAUUGUUGUGCUAAGAACACUAAGCACUAAACUGUUUAAAGACCUUUGUCUUUAAGAAGACUAGUUUCUGAUGUUAGGAGAGGCAGACACUUUCUAAGGAGUUUUUGGAUAUGUAAAGCAGAACAGCCUCCUUAAUGAAAUGUUGCCAUUUAAUGCAUCAAUAAUUUAUCAACCCAUGUUCAUUACAUAACCUUGUACUGUAUAUUAUCAUAGAAUGAGUCUAACAGCUCAACUCUCUGGAUCAAUCUGUUUGAUUUUGUAGUGAAUAUUUUUUAAAAAAAGUAGUUGACUAGCUUUUGCUGCGAUUUUGAACAGAAUUCUUAUUCAUGU